CCCCUAGACUCUGUCCUAUUUACCCUGCUUCCCCUUCUCCACCAGCGACUGGGAUUAAACUCUUCUGCGAGCCCUCCAACUCUUCCCAUGAAGAUUUGAUUAGUGCCCAGCAGCCUCAGGAGAAGAUGGACAUUCUUCACGCACUGAUCUGUCUGUCCGUCUUCUGGACUGUAUCUUGGGACAGAACUAGGGCAGACUCAAUGAUUCACAUCGGGGCAAUUUUUGAUGAAUCUGCCAAGAGAGAUGAUGAAGUUUUUCGCAUGGCAGUCGCCGACCUUAAUCUGAAUGAAGAUAUCCUGCAGACAGAAAAAAUCACAUUUUCUGUCACAUUUGUGGAUGGGAACAAUCCUUUCCAGGCUGUUCAGGAAGCUUGUGACCUUAUGAACCAAGGCAUAUUGGCCCUCGUCAGCUCUAUUGGUUGUGCAUCAGCAGGAUCUCUGCAAUCUUUGGCAGAUGCCAUGCAUAUACCUCAUCUGUUCAUUCAACGAUCCACAGCAAGGACUCCUAGAAGUGGUUGCAGUCUUAAGAGAAACAACAGGAUUGAUGAUUAUACAUUAACUGUCCGCCCACCAGUCUAUCUGAAUGAUGUUAUCUUAAGGGUCGUCACUGAAUACGCCUGGCAAAAAUUCAUCAUCUUCUAUGACAGCAACUAUGAUAUCCGUGGAAUACAAGAGUUUUUGGAUAGAGUCUCUCAGCAGGGAAUGGAUGUAGCUUUGCAGAAGGUAGAAAACAACAUUAAUAGGAUGAUCACGGGACUGUUUUCUACUUUACGAAUUGAAGAACUAAAUCGCUACAGGGACACACUGAGAAGAGCCAUUCUCGUUAUGAGUCCAACAACCGCCAAAGCCUUCAUUACUGAGGUCGUGGAGACUAAUUUGGUUGCCUUUGACUGUCACUGGAUCAUUAUAAAUGAGGAGAUAAACGAUCUGGAUGUGCAGGAACUUGUCAGAAGGUCAAUUGGAAGGUUAACAAUUAUUCGGCAAACCUUUCCUGUCCCUCAGAAUGUGAGCCAGCGCUGUUACCGUGGUAACCACAGAAUUUCUACAUCAAUCUGUGACCCAAAGGACCCGUUUUCCCAGAACAUGGAGAUCACAAACCUCUACCUAUAUGAUACAGUGCUCUUGCUUGCUAAUGCGUUUCAUAAAAAACUUGAAGAUCGAAAAUGGCAUAGCAUGGCUAGCCUCACCUGCAUCAGAAAGAGCUCAAAACCAUGGCAAGGAGGUCGAUCUAUGCUGGAAACUGUCAGAAAGGGAGGAGUGAGUGGCUUGACCGGUGUACUGGAAUUUGAUGAGAGUGGUGGAAACCCAAACAUCCAGUUUGAAAUUCUGGGUACAAACUAUGGUGAAGAGCUAGGAAGAGGGGUACGCAAGCUUGCAUCUUGGAACCCGGUAACCGGUCUCAAUGGAUCCUUGACCGACAGGAAAUUGGAAAACAAUAUGAGAGGUGUAGUACUUCGUGUGGCAACAGUGCUGGAAGAACCAUUUGUGAUGGUCUUAGAAAAUGUAUUGGGGAAGCCAAAGCGAUACCAAGGAUUCUCUAUAGAUGUCCUGGAUGCCCUAUCAAGCUACUUGGGCUUUAAAUAUGAAAUAUAUAUCGCUCCAGAUCAUAAAUAUGGCAGUCCUCAAGAAGAUGGUACUUGGAAUGGGUUAAUAGGUGAACUUUUAUUCAAGAGAGCUGACAUGGGGAUUUCUGCUCUGACUAUUACACCAGACCGUGAGAAUGUAGUAGACUUUACCACUCGCUAUAUGGAUUAUUCAGUAGGCGUGCUGCUGAAGAAAGCUGAAAAAACUGUGGACAUGUUUGCUUGUUUAGCACCCUUUGACCUGUCAUUGUGGGCCUGCAUUGCUGGAACUGUCCUACUUGUGGGACUUCUGGUUUACCUAUUAAACUGGCUUAAUCCGCCGCGUCUGCAAAUGGGAUCAAUGACUUCAACAACACUCUACAACUCUAUGUGGUUUGUUUACGGCUCAUUUGUCCAGCAAGGAGGAGAAGUCCCUUACACCACUCUAGCCACCCGCAUGAUGAUGGGAGCCUGGUGGUUGUUUGCCUUAAUUGUCAUCUCUUCCUACACAGCAAACCUAGCUGCCUUUUUGACAAUCUCUCGGAUUGAAAACUCCAUCCAGUCUCUCCAGGAUCUUUCAAAACAAACAGAUAUUCCUUAUGGCACAGUGAUUGAUUCUGCUGUUUAUGACCAUGUCAGAAUGAAAGGGAUGAAUCCAUUUGAGAGAGACAGCAUGUAUUCUCAGAUGUGGCGGAUGAUUAACAGGAGCAAUGGGUCAGAGAACAAUGUUCAGCAAUCCUUUGAAGCUAUUCAGAAGGUAAAACAUGGGAACUAUGGAUUUGUAUGGGAUGCCGCUGUCCUGGAAUACGUGGCAAUUAAUGACCAGGACUGUUCAUUUUACACAAUUGCGAAUACUGUUGCCGACAGAGGUUAUGGAAUAGCCCUACAGCAUGGCAGUCCUUACAGGGAUAUAUUUUCUCAAAGGAUCUUGGAGCUCCAGCAGAAUGGUGAUAUGGAUAUAUUGAAGCAUAAAUGGUGGCCACGCACUGGAAACUGUGACUUGUAUUCAUCAGUAGAAACCAAGCAAAGGGGCAAUGCCCUAGAUAUUAAAAGCUUUGCUGGGGUAUUUUGCAUUCUUGCAGCUGGGAUUGUCCUCUCAUGCUUCAUAGCAAUGGUGGAGACUUGGUGGAACAAAAGAAAAGGCUCACGGGUGCCUUCAAAAGAGGAUGACAAAGAAAUUGACCUGGAACAUCUCCACCGACGUGUAAACAGCUUGUGCACAGAUGAUGAAAGCCCUCAUAAACAGUUUUCAACGUCAUCUAUUGACCUUACACCAUUAGACAUUGAUACUUUACCAGCUCGUCAAACUCUGGAGCAAAUAAGUGACUUCAGGAACACUCAUAUAACUACUACAACCUUUAUACCAGAACAGAUACAGACUCUUAGUCGUACUUUGUCGUCUAAAGCUGCUUCGGGUUUCUCCUUUGGCAAUGUGCCUGAGCAUCGGACUGGCCCGUUUAGGCACAGGGCACCCAAUGGUGGAUUUUUCAGGAGUCCAAUUAAAACUAUGUCAUCCAUCCCAUACCAGCCAACUCCUUCUCUAGGGCUGAAUCUCGGUAACGACCCUGACAGAGGCACCUCUAUAUGAAAGCAAAAUGAAAAUCCUCAACAGUGUUUUCUCUUUUAGGACUCCCGUUACAAGGAGCUUCUGUAAAAUGAUUGGACUAACAUGGAUGUAUUUUUAUAUCCAAACUAUUAAUAAGAAUUUUCAAGUUCCUUGCGUUAUAUCUUCCUUGAUCCUUUGUCUGUUAUUGUGUUUUAGAAUGUCUUGGUUCACUUCAUUGUUCAUGCCAUUCAUUUGUU